UCUAAUACGAUCUAGAGGUUACACAGCAGAAACUCAUGACGUUACCACAGAAGAUGGCUAUAUCUUAAGCUUGUACAGAAUACCAUUCGGAAAAAAUCAGACUACCAUUGGGAGGACACCCAUUUUGUUGAUGCACGGAUUAUUAGGACACUCUGACCAAUUUUUGUUCAACAAUCAUGAGAAUGGAAGUUUGGCUCUGUACUUGGCGAAUGAAGGUUUUGACGUGUGGUUAGGAAACACCAGAGGAUCCAUAAGCGGUGAAAGACAUGUGCAGCUUGAUCGUUCUAGCCAUAGUUUCUGGAAUUUCAGUAACCACGAAAUGGGUGUGUACGAUCUACCAGCUCUGGUCGACUACAUUCUCGAAAAAACCGGAAAUAAAAAUUUGCAAUAUGUCGGAUACUCACAAGGAGUGAGAAUAUUCUUGAUAAUGGCUUCUAUGCGGCCAGAAUAUCAACAAAAAAUUUCCCUGGCCUCCGUCAUAGGUCCCAGUGGAUUUCUCGAAAAUCUUGAUAGUUGGUGGCUAAAACCAUUGGGUCUUUGGACUCAACCAAUAUUGCGUUUCUGUACCUACAUCAAUAUACAUGUUUUGCCUCCAGAAUUACUGAAUAUGGGACAUACAACAGUUUUUUUCUGCCAGAACAUACUGACAAGUGAACUAUGCUUCAAAAUAUACAAAAGUAUGGUUGGUGAUUCUGGUGAAAUUACCUCAGACAGCCUGUCCCUGUUGGCAAAAUACACUUACCACGUACCGACUAAACAAUUGUCUCAUUAUGGACAAACAAUAGUGUCAGGUCAUUUCCGUCCUUGGGAUUAUGGACCAUCGGGAAAUGUAGAAGCUUAUGGACAAGAAACGCCUCCGGAUUAUGACAUUGAGAAUGUGACUGUUCCUUUAGCAGUAUAUUACAGUUUGGGAGACGCCUUCGCUAAUUACAAGGUAGAAAUUUAUUGGAUCUGGCAUAGGAAAAAUAAGUUUAUACAGAAAAUUCAAAUAUUGCCGAAAUACACUGGAAAAUUAUGGGGAUAUUUCUAUAAAUAG